GAAGAAAUCGCCAUAAGUUGGCCCCGGAUAACUGCCUUUACAGAGACUCGAGGACGCCGAGGUUUGGCUCCUGGCUUAGAAAUGGAACCUGAGCAAGGGCAGCUAGCUCCUUUGCAGGGCCAAGCAGCAGCAACUACAGACGGGUCAAGUGAGGAAGGGAUCCUUCCAGACUUCCGGAGGCAACUUGGGGUAAUUCUGCAAACUAUAGGCAAGGCUCAAGUAGAGAAGAUGCUCAGGGAGCUGGUGAAGGAGCAGGAGCAGCAGGGGAGAGUCAGGCGGCGCAAAAGAGUGAGCAGGAGCCCCCGACAUGGAGGUGAUGAAACAGUGGGACAAAAUAACUUGGAGACUUCACAGGAACUUCAGGCUGGAACAGUGGAAGGACCAGCUAUGCCAUCCAGAAAGCCACCUGAGAAUGAAGUACAAGUGUCCUUCAAAUGUCCAGGAUUGGCAGGACAAAAACAACCCAAGAUGAUUCGUGGGGAUAUCAGAGGGUGUAAGAAUAAUCUUGUCCAGCAAAGUCCUCUAGGAACAAGAUGGGGAGCAGGUCUUGAGCCUAGAGAAAGCAUUAGCUGCAGUCCAUUCUCAAACAUGAGCCAUGACUCCCAGGAAGCUGGGAGAAUAUGGCCACCUUUUGGUGAAAGAGCCCAGUUCUUAGGGUGGCAGAAACCACGCUACACACAGAGACGUCAGCGCUUACCUGCAGGGGAGAAGCCCCACCGCUGUGGGCCAUGCAGGAGAACUGUUGUGAUCCCACCAUUAAGACCUAACUCCCCUCACAAUUCUGCAUUGAUUCCUUUCUUGAACUCUGCCUCUGAAUCUUCCUCUACUUUGUCUCUGAACUCUGUAGGGCCACUGAAUACCCAGGCUGUUUCAGGUAGCCCAGCUUCUGCCCAGUCGCGAAAACCCCAUGCCUGUGAGGAAUGUGGCAAACGAUUCCGAAUCCUAGCAAACUUGGAACGACAUCAGCAACGCCAUGCAGCAGAAAAACCGCACCAGUGCCGGGACUGUGGGCGCCGUUUCCGCUGGGGUUGCCACCUGGAACGCCAUAGGCGGUCACGCCGCUGUGUGGAGUGUGGCGGAGGCCUUGCAACACCACCUCCACCCCCAUCCCCACCUCCAGAACCUGACCGGCCCUAUUCCUGUGGGGAGUGCGGGAGACGGUUUACACAGCGUUCAGCGCUCAGCAAGCAUCGGCGUCUGCACUCAGGGGAGCGUCCCUAUGGCUGUGGAGAGUGUGGGAAACGCUUCCUGCAGCGCUCCGAUCUCACUAUUCACGUGCGCUCACAUUCUGGGGAGCAGCCUUAUGUCUGUACAGAGUGCGGACGGCGCUUCAGUGUCAGUUCGAACCUAAGCAAGCACAGGCGUAUGCAUCGUGGGGAGCGCCCUCACGCUUGUUCCGUCUGUUCUAAACGCUUCCUGCAGCGCUCAGAGCUUCUCAUCCACCAGCGUGCUCACACCGGGGAGCGCCCCUACCCCUGCACAGCCUGUGGAAAGCGCUUUGCUCGCCGGGCUCAUCUCAAACGCCACCAGCGCACCCAUGGGGGUGUGCCUGCCACAACUACUGCAUCUCGGCACCAGAAUGCUCAUCUUUUGACUGCUCCUGCAGCAGAUGCUGUGUCCCUCUUUGGACAUCAACAGCAUGAACAUGGGGGGGUGACUGAUCCCCUGGAAUCACAUCCCCAAGCUAAUACUCUUGCCACAGGGCCAAGCCCACCUGCAGCUGGGCCUACUGCUUUCUCAGCAGCUCAUAAUUCUGUGAAUGCUGCUUCACCGGGUCUGUCCUGGGCUGUGUCCUCUUCAGGACGCCUUCCUUUCUGCUCUAGCUCUCUCUGAUGAUGUGGUAGGUUUCCUGCACGGUUUGGGGUAAGUGAAGUGGGGGACCGACCAAGCUCUGAUUAGCCCAUGAAAAGGGCAUAUGUAUUAGCACCCCACCCUUAUCUGUUUGGAGGCUUGGCAGGUUUUUUCCUAAGGCUUCUUUAGAAGUUCUUUGCAAGGCCUUUUGUUACGAGAGAGGCAUGGAGUAGAUGAAAUAUACAAAGCCCUUCAUGAUCAUCUGCUACAUUCCCUGAAUUGUUGAUUUAUCUUGGUAAUACCAGUAGCUUGUCAAGUUGGGCAUAGCUGUCCUUUCCAAAGUUAACUGCAACUCACUGAUGCAAGUAAUUAUGUCUUGCAAACCACAGUUACAAUAACAGGCAUUUGUUUCAGAUUCACAGACGUAGUUCUUUUUUCUCUUGACACGAUCCACUACAUGAGCCUCUUCCUCCCUCUUCCCUAUUUUUGUAAACUUAAUCAGACCCCCAACACUACCCCUGGCCAACAAUCUCAUUUUGAUCAGACAGCCCUAGUUUCUUUUGAUGGGAAACGAAGUCCAACUAGGUUUCUUUGAAGGGCUUUGAACUCAUCACCUGAAGACAAAAUGACAUACUUGCUGUUGAGUCUAUAUGUUGGCACACACAUAUUGUAGCAGUCAGCCUACAAUUGAUUGAGUUAGAUGUGGCUUUUAGGAGUCAAAGUGUUCUAUGCUUCUAUAACUGAAGAAGAUGAUCAUGCCCAAGCAUUGGAUGAUCCAAAACUAUCAUGAAAGAACAAGCUGGAAAGAAGGAGUGCCUCUGAUUCUUCAGAGCAGUUCAGAAUCAGAAAAUGGUGUGUUGGGAUUUGGACCUCACUGCUGCUUGGGGAAUUUGGGACAAGAUGGCCCAUGCCUUCAAAAGUGGAAUUAGUGCUCCUUCACCAUCAGCUACUGAGAAAGAAGAGUGACAAGAGGAGAAAAAUCAGGGAGUGCCUCUUGUUGAGAAUUCUAAACUGGAACAUUUUAGAGUGGGAAGAGUCUGCUUGCUACAUCUACUGGUGUUUCAGACAGCUUUGAAGAGCGUGAUGAAGCUGCUGCUGUGUAAAGAUCACAAUCUUUUGAUACACACUACUGUGAAACGCAGUUCCCAGCUGUAUAAUAGUUUACCAAGUCAGUGUUAUAUCUCCAGCUUGUACAUUCUUGAUAUAUUUGGGGCUGGUAUUUUGUUUCUAGGGAUGAAAUCACAAAGUUGGGCCUGGGUUCCAGGUUAGGGAAGCAGUUAAUAUCUGA